GUGUUCUCUUUUGAGGUGAAUUGCCUCAGAGCAUCGCUGGCGGUACCGCUUUGUUGGCCUCUUCGCUUGCGUCGCGGUGUGGCGAGUGGGGAGCGCUGUACACCCCGUCUUCCUUCUCCAGAGUCGCCGCCAUGUCCUCACCUUCGUCCGGAGAGCAGUACGAGGAAGAGGAGGAUGGCGUUUACGAGAGCCAGGCCAAGCGGUUGAAGCCCAAUGCCGCGGCUGAGGAGGGCGAGAUCGAAUAUGGAGCCGAGGAGGGCGAGAACCACAGGGAGAAGGCCGUCAUUCGCAGUGGGGGAUUCUCAGGCGGGGAUGCAGGUGGAAGUCAUCAUAAAGUUUCAGUUUCUCAUGUUGUCCAUGUCCGAGGACUCUGUGAAUCAGUUGUGGAAGCAGACCUUGUGGAAUCUCUUGAAAAAUUUGGAACUAUAUGUUAUGUGAUGAUGAUGCCAUUUAAGCGCCAGGCUUUAGUGGAAUUUGAGAAAAUUGAAAGUGCUAAGAAGUGUGUGACAUUUGCAGCAGAGGAACCAGUAUUUAUAGCUGGACAACAAGCCUUUUUCAAUUAUUCUACAAGCAAAAGAAUCACUCGUCCAGGAAACACAGAUGACCCCUCUGGUGGAAACAAAGUUCUGCUCUUAUCAGUUCAGAAUCCUUUAUAUCCAAUUACUGUGGAUGUCUUGUACACAGUGUGCAAUCCUGUUGGGAAAGUACAGCGUAUUGUCAUAUUCAAGAGGAAUGGAAUACAAGCCAUGGUUGAGUUUGAAUCGGUUUUAUGUGCCCAGAAGGCAAAAGCAGCACUCAAUGGAGCUGACAUAUAUGCAGGAUGUUGUACACUAAAAAUCGAAUAUGCACGGCCACCUCGACUGAAUGUCAUUCGAAAUGACAACGACAGCUGGGAUUACACUAAACCAUACCUGGGCAGACGAGACAGAGGCAAAGGCCGUCAGAGGCAAGCUAUUUUAGGAGAGCAUCCCUCCUCAUUUAGGCAUGAUGGCUACGGCUCACAUGGUCCUCUGUUACCCCUACCAAGCCGAUACAGAAUGGCAUCUCGUGACACUCCAGAGCUUGUUGCUUAUCCACUUCCCCAGGCCUCCUCAUCUUACAUGCAUGGAGGGAAUCCCUCAGGUUCUGUUGUCAUGGUUAGUGGAUUGCACCAGCAAAAGAUGAACUGCUCAAGAGUAUUCAACUUGUUCUGCUUGUAUGGAAACAUUGAAAAGGUAAAAUUCAUGAAGACUAUUCCAGGCACAGCUCUAGUAGAAAUGGGUGAUGAAUAUGCAGUUGAAAGAGCAGUCACACAUCUCAAUAGUGUCAAGUUAUUUGGAAAGAGGCUUAAUGUUUGUGUGUCCAAACAGCAUUCAGUUGUUCCAAGCCAGAUAUUUGAACUGGAAGAUGGUACAAGCAGUUACAAAGAUUUUGCAAUGAGCAAAAACAAUCGAUUUACCAGUGCUGGCCAAGCAUCCAAGAAUAUCAUCCAACCACCUUCUUGUGUUUUGCAUUAUUAUAAUGUUCCACUGUGUAUGACUGAAGAUACCUUUGUAAAGCUGUGUGAUGACCAUGAAGUUCUGUCUUUUAUCAAGUACAAAGUUUUUGAUCCAAAACCUUCAGCCAAAACACUUUCUGGACUGUUGGAGUGGGAAUGCAAGACAGAAGCAGUAGAAGCUCUUACUGUACUUAAUCAUUACCAGAUAAGAGUCCCCAAUGGCUCUAACCCAUAUACUUUGAAGCUUUGCUUCUCUACUUCCUCCCAUUUGUAGAGCAGAGGACAGCAUGCUAGGAGCACCUUCCAUCUUUUACAAACUUGUAACUGUAUGUUGGUUGCAGGCUCUGAACUACUUGCUCUUUUUUUUUUGGUCUCAAUCUACUGUUCCCUUUUUUUAAAUGAAUGGAUGUUUAGAGACACCAUUUUUUCCUUUGGUCUCCAAAAAUAGAUGUUAGUAUAUUAUGAAGAGCUUGUUAUUUUGUGUAACUGUUAUCUACAGAUGUUUGAACUGCCUUGUGGGUAGCAUGUGCAAAGAAAUUGUAUAUUGUCCCACACCUUAAAAUACAGUUCCCAUAGACCAGUAAAAUAAACACAUUUCUUAAAAGAUUUACAUCAGGUAUUUUCCACAUGAGCUUCAGUGGAAAGUUGGAUUGUUAUAUUGGAAUAUUAGCUGUGGAGUUCCUGGUUACUACCCUUGAUUAGACUGUAUUGCGUAAUCCUAAAAGCAAAACUACAUUUAUAAGAAACCUGUUUGAUUUGCUCAUGUUGAUUUUUAGUAAUGUUAAAAUGUAUCUGAUUUUUGAGGAGGCUUCAUGGGAGAAAAGCAAAUACCUUUUUGUUUUAUUUGGUUUUAAAUAGCGUCUUUUCAGAAUCAUUUUUCACUCACAUUGGCAUGAUGUAUUCCUAAUCCUAGCCUGAAAAUUACAUACAAAAAUAAUAAACUCUCGAUCCUGAAUAAA